GCAUUAUUCCUUAUUGGCGUACAGACCGAUGACCAGUUCCCAAUAUCCGGAGGAGGCCAUGCUGACAUAUUCAAGGGGACGCUGGACGGGAAGCUGGUUGCCCUUAAAGUUUUGCGAACAUUCCAGCAAUACGACGCCCACACGAAGGACCUUCUACAGAAGAAGUUCCAUCGUGAGGCUAUGAUGUGGAGACAGCUCUCACACCCUAACAUCUUCCCCUUCCUCGGGGUUUGUGACCAUUUGUUUGAUAAAAGGCCAUGCAUGGUCUCGCCGUGGAGCUAUCAUGGCAAUGUCAUGGAGUUCCUGGAAAAGAACCCUAACCAUGAUCGUCUUAAGCUGUUACUAGAUGUUGCGACGGGCCUUGCAUAUCUGCACGGCCCAAAUCGAAAACUCGUCCACGGCGAUCUGAAAGGCGCAAAUAUUCUCAUCGAUGAUCAAAUGCACGCCUGCAUAGCAGACUUCGGGAUAGGGAAAUUUCUGCAUACCCCUGGUACUUACCCAGCGACUACCUCGUUGAAGGGAACCAUGCAGUGGAUGGCCCCAGAGCAGCUUGCUCUCGGCAAUGAUCCUUCGAAGGCCAGGAGUCCGGAGAGUGAUGUGUAUAGCUUUAGCUAUGUGUGCCUUGAGAUAUACACUGGAAAUGUACCGUGGCCCGAUACAGCAGAGUUUGCUGUCAUGGAGAAGGUACUCAAUCGUCAAAGACCUGAACGCCCCGCAGAUAUUCCGAUUCCG